UUCUUUCUACCUAUGCACUCCAUGGUUGAACAAACUUUAUCCAGUGGUUGUUGUUGACUGUCUGACAGUUAAAUUUGACUUGUGGCGCUCUUUGGAGUUCUAUUGUUACUUGUAUAUAUGUGCCUAUGUGCACACAGAGGUGUUUCUCGUAAUCAUGGCAGCGGGUUUUAGUUGGUGGCGCCCCUCGUAAAGCCAGAAGCGGAGCCAGACUAACAGCAUCACGACGAUUAUCUAGUGCCUAUAAACUGUCAUAUGGAGCAAGCGAGAAAAAUGACAGGCCAUCAGCUGAACGACGAGUUACGCAUACAUGUAGAUCAGGGAUUCUCAGCCAAGGCCAAGAGGUGGAUCAGUCAAUGGCCAUGCCCACAUGGAAGACCUACUUGUACCAGCUUCAGCUGAAAGCUCCCAGACCAAAAAGGGUGGCCUGUCAGAGAGAUUUACCAAACAGACCUCCUCAGUAUGGAAAAGAGUUCCAUGGGUUUAUCAGCCGUGAGGAGACAGACAGUCUGUUGCAGGAGGGUGAUGGCUGUUACCUGGUGAGAGAGAGCCAGAGAGCCCCAGGGGCUUACACCUUAGCCAUCAGGUUUGACAAGCAGACCAAGAACUACAAGCUGUACCAUGACGGCAAACACUACGUUGGUGAGAAGCGCUUUGACACUGUGCACGAUCUGGUGGCUGAUGGUCUCAUUACCUUCUACUUGGAGUCCCGCGCUGCCGAUUAUAUCGCGGCACUCUCUAGCCAAUCAAAUUAUGCAGAAUCCCCAUACAUGGUGUACAGUGGGAAGAAGAAACGCCGCAAUGCCAAAACGAAAGAUUCUUCACUGCCUUCUGACCGCACAGACGGAACCAAUGGGACCAACUACAUUGUACAACCAGACCAAAUUACAGAAGAAGAGAAUGUAGAAGAACUUUUAAAUGUUCAAGAUUUUGAAAAGACACAUGUUUUUAAGGUUCAUAAUUUUAAGGGUCUGCAUUGGUGUGAUUUCUGUGCCAAUUUUAUGUGGGGUAUUAUUGCUCAAGGUGUCAAGUGUCAAGACUGUGGUUUCCAGGCUCACAAGAAGUGCUCAGAGCAGGUGCCAAACGACUGUAUGCCAGACAUGAAGUACAUCAAGAGGAUAUUUGGGGCGGAUCUCACUACUUUAGUCAAAGCUCAGAAUACUCUCAUACCUAUUGUGGUGGAAAAGUGUGUAAAGGAAAUAGAAUCAAGGGGUAUUGAAAUAGAAGGUUUAUACAGGGUUGCAGGUUUCCAUGACGAUGUGGAAGCCAUUCGAAUAGCAUUUGACAAAGAUGGUGAAUCUGUGGAUAUAUCAGAGACCCGAUAUGAAGACAUCAACACAAUAACCAGUGUCCUCAAGCUCUACUUCCGUUCGCUUCCUAUACCACUCAUCUCAUUUGAUGCCUACCCCAGGAUCAUGGAGGCUGUCAAAUUGGACAGUAUAUCAGAUGAAGAAAGGAAGAGUUUAAUUAAGGAGGGGUUUUCUUUGUUACCACCAGCUCAUUACCAGACACUGAAAUACCUCCUCUCCCACUUGGCCAGGGUGAUCGAGAAACGUCACUCCAACAUGAUGAAUCCAGAAAAUCUGGCGAUUGUUUUUGCUCCAACCUUGAUGAGGUGUCCAGAACUCGAUCCCAUGGCUAGUCUUAUGGCAGCAAAGUUUGAACACAAAGCUAUGGACAUUAUCCUGGAACACCAAAAAGAACUGUUGAAGCUGUGAUACUACACAUUCAGCCAGUCAGACAAUCAUGGUCAUUUACCUACCACAGCCACUGGUUAAGGCAUGAAGAUGGCACAGAUCUCCAGUGACACAAAUCAUGAACACAUUGUCCUGGUGGUUCCACCAAAGAGAAGACGUGUAAGGAGUCCUCAUAUGAAAACUACAGCUUGCUCUUAGCUGGGUUUUGGCUUUAGAGGCUUUUUUUUUUCUAUUCCUGCUCAGGUUUGGAGAGAUGACCAACCAGAAAGAAGGUAGAAAAAAACCUGUCAAAAUAUAAGCAACUUCUCUGCCCUCUAAGACAUCUUAUUUGCACAAAAUUAUCAGUAGCUGUGACAUGUGUUGAUGUCAUUUUGCACUCAGGCCUAUGUUAAAACUAGGAUGUCAAAAAUAUGACUGACACAUAGUGUUUGCCAUGUUGCAGCUGAAAAUUAAAGACACAUUUUACAGAAAUUUUAUGCAGCACAUUUUAGAUGUCAUUUGCAUAAGAGUAAUGUAGCUGAUGUACAGCUUCUUAAGUUGGAAACCUUGGAGUUUAUUUGUAUACCAGACAAUGGGCCUAUAAGAAACCCCAUAAUAAUACACUUACCCAGGAAACUUCAUUUUUAACCUCCUUUCUGGGUAGCCACUUCUCUUAACCUGAUGGUAUAUGUGUAUGGUUUUUUUUCUCCAUUCAAGGGAGGUAACUUUGUGAUAUAACUCUAUGUUGCUGCCACACCUGCAGGACUCACAGUGCCAAGAGAAGGGUUACAUGAAUGACGAAUUUAAACUGAUCCAGUUUUACUGGAAAACUGCAUGAUUUCAACUUACUUAUAUCGCAUGGACAUACAAGUGAAAGGUUUGUGGGACUUUAUCACAACCUCUCAAUACUUACUAAACAUGCUAACUUAUUCAACUUUUCAAACAGACUCUUUGAUAUGUUUCACCAGAAGGUUCUCCUUAGCCAAAAUGUCUUAAUAAGUGUACAAUUGUUGUUUUUUUGUUCCUUUUCUUUUUCUCUCCGCUUAUGGGGUUGAAAAAUACCAUUGUACCCAUCGGUACACUGUAUAUGUUGCUAAAUACAGUACUAGACUAAAGUUAGGAUGAUGGUAUUACAUGCAUUUCACUUUAAUAAGCUACACUACAGGAAGUAAUGGCACACAUGGGCAUCUGCAGUUAAAAUGACUGAGGUAUGCCAAACAGGAGUAUCACAUUGCUCGAAUGCCAUCUUCAUGUGGGCCAGUGACCUUCGUAGAGAUUUUCCAUUUUGAGCCAUAACUUUAUUCCCUGAUGCUCCACAAACCAUAUGCAUUUGUCUGCAGAUACUGCUGCGAAUUAUUAUUUUAAGUUUCCUAAACAAAGCAUCAGAAUCACCAGCCAUUAGAUCUUCAUCAAUCACAGAUUUUGUCAGAUCCAUGUUCUAAGAUUUCAGCACUGUUCAAGUAUUACAGAUUCAUAACCAUGUUUCACCAAAUUUCACUGAUUAUUUCAAAGUCAAACAUGAAGAAUUCUAUUGACGUAAACAAUUCAGUUUCCAAACACAGGUACAUUGAUUAUUUUAUGUGGCUAUCAGAUCAUGAACAGAAAGGGAAGUAAAAGAUGUCAUUGUGACCUUCAUUUUGCAAAUUAGUGAAUAAAGCCUGAAAAAAUGAAAAGUAUCCUGAACGUGGUGAAAAAAAAUUAGUUCAGCUUGUAAUGUUUUUGGCCUUUAGUUUGUGCUAAUAUAGAACAAAGAGUUAAGCCACAUUUGUAUAAAUUAUUAGUGUAAUUUGUUAAGAAAUGUCUUCAAUGUUUUAUCAAGAGAUGGUUUGCAUUAAGACGUUUGAUGUUAUUUAUGACUUGUAAAAUGCUGGCAAGAGUUAAGUCAAUAAAGGAAGAAUGAAGGUGAUGGUGAUAAAUAAGUUCAGAUGGAACAGGAUGACUAUCUUUUGCACUAUGAUACAAUAAGAUACCAAGCACAGCCAAACAGAAGAUGCAAUACACUAAAGUUGGAAUUCUGUCUAGGCUGAUUACAGUACAAUAUACUGUUAAUAGGCACUAGGGUAGUUGCAAAUAGUGCAAAUAAACAACAACUAAGUUAUUGAAAACUUGUGCAAACAGUAGUUCUAAAAUGGCCCUGUAUGGUUUGGAUCCAGCAUGGAAUAUUUAAAUCUUACAUGCUUAACACAUGUAUUUGUAUGGUUAGCCUUAUGAAGAGAAUCAUAAUUUUAUUGACAAGUACUAACAACAUGGUGUGGACCGUAGCCAGCUAGUUACUUUGCCCAACAUAAUUUGGCAGAUAAUGCUCAUCUUCUCUUUGAUAGUCAUAAUAUGUUUAUUCAAAGUUUAUGUUAAAUUUAGUUUUAUUUUACAGUAUUCAUUCAUGGUUUUGGCACUAGUGCUUUAUGUACUUCUUGAUAGCUUUAUACGUAUGAUUUUAUGUCAUCUGUACAACUGUCCCUGUGCUAUAUCCAUGUUUUAUGGUGUGUGGAUAAGGUAUUGUGUGAUAUUGGCACAUUGUGUAAAAAAAACUUUGCUGCAUUAAGAAGUGUUGAGAUUUAUCUUACGUUUAUGAAUCUAAAUUUAUUUGUAGCUGUAUAUUUGUAAAGCUAGUCUGCUGAUUAAGAGCGCAUAAUUUUAAUCCCUAGGAGACUAAAUUGCCCAGAUCAGUGUAAUUGUAACUGCUGGUGUAAUGUGGUGUGCAGUUAAAAUGUGCCCUGGUUUUGUACAAAGCAUGUGAUUGUAUGAUGGUUGUGUUUAAUCAUGGCUUAUACAACUCCCACCCCCACUUUCUGUACCUGAUGCUGUCUGUGUCUGUAAGCAGUGUAUAUGUGUACUGUACAUUUGAGCCAUUGGUUUGGGAAACCAGCACAGUAGACUUGAUAUAUGUAUAUAAGAUCUGAAGAAAAAGAAAAAACAAUGCAAUCUCUGGACUCUGGAUCUAACAAUGCAUCUGAUAUUAGCCUCAUUUUUUUUAAGACAUUAAAACUCAAGGGUUAUUGUGCUGAUUAUUGUUCAGAGUUUGACUUCCUCCGUUUUGAGAAAUACCCUAACCUGCUUCAAGUGGACAUACAGGAAGAAUGAGCAAAGUGCCUUCUUAAAACAGGUUCCCUAUUUUGGACAAAAAGCGUGGCAGUCUGACCAAGAGGUUGUUCACUCCAGCAGCUGUGCUGUAGUCUCGAUCGCUGUCACAGAGCUUUCUCUUAAACUGAAAAUAAAUUGUACUUUUAGGUACACUGUACACGUAUGUGGUAAAAGAAGUCUUCCCCUCUACCUGAGAGAAACAGGGCAAGUUGAUGUUUGUCUCAACUUUUUUCACAAGCAGACGACACACAGUUGGUACAGUUUUACUAGCCUUGAAAUACCAUAGUUUUUGGGGGGGUUUGUUUUUUUUUUUUUGUUACUAUAUGGCAUUGUCAUUUCACUACAUAUCAUAUACCUGGGUUAAUUUUGUCCUUGGACAGGAACUGUUUAUGCAUUUAAAAAGACUGGGUGUAGUGACUUAACUUGUUUUAAUCAUAGCGUUAACUUGGAUGUUAAUUCUUAUUAAAUUUGUAAGAAAAUUAUUGAAAAACUAACGUAUUAUUGCGAUAAUGAGAAUGUUUCUUGGAGUCUGCUUUGUAUGGUAAAAUCAAGGAUUCAUAGCGCUAGUACCCCAAGUAACCCCUGAGGAUAUGUUGAGAUAGCAGUAUACUGAAGGUCAGGUGGUAUAUUAAUGUGACCUCUUUCAGGGGUGUAGGGACAAAAUCCAUUAUAGACAAAUGGUUGUGUGACGUCAGUGUCCGAAGGGUUACCUCGUUAAGCUACUAACAUGGCUUACUGAAACUGUUGUGACCUCUCUAUAUUUAUUCCAAUUUCUCUCCAAAUGCACGAUAUUUUGAGCUUUUGAUUUGUCAUAUACCCACCCUUAUAUCAUUUACAAGUUUUGUCAAACAGUUUUGGUCAUCGGAUGUGGAUGUGUUACUGGCAGAUAUGUUUACAUUUACUACCUGUGUACCAAUCUGCCAGAAGAGAACCUGACCUCUAACCUUGGACUUCUGUUUUUAAACCUUUGUGAUGCUGUCUAUACUAGGAACAGGAUAGUGUAUAUAUAUGUAUAGGUUAACCAUGUGACAGAUUGUCAUGAUCCAUUUCAUCUUACAAUAACCAACUUUCCCCAACGUUUUCAACAAAUUCUAUUAUUAUUAUUAUUUCUCUCCAAACUUUCUACGUUUUAUCGAUGAAGCGACUUCAUUUCUAUGCUGUGUGUAUUUAUUCAACAUUAUGAUCAUAUAUAAAACAUCUAUUAUAUACCUUGA